UACGAAGAAAAAUGUUGUUGCCGUUUCUCGUCUUGAUGUCUUUCACUGUUCACCAAACCGAGGGACACCGACUGAACAAAGCGACAUGUCAGACAAGGAAACAUCACUUUUUGGACAUAUCUCUUAAAGGAGAAACGUUGUGUAAGACAUGCACUUCUUGUAGACCAGGAUACAAACAGGUAACUCGAUGUACAAAGGUUAACAACACGCACUGUGAGCCGUGUAGGCCAGGAACGUACGCCUACAACAACGCCAAGCGUUGCCAUCCGUGUCGGCACUGUGUUCGAGGACGCAGACACGGGCGGAAAUGCAGGAAGAUAGAAAAGGCACAGUGUUGGUGUCCGAAACGUACAUACUACCGUAGAGGAAAUUGUAUCCCGUGCACAAGAUGUCAAGCAGGUUCAUACGUCAAGUCACGAUGCUCCUUUACAAAGGACACCAACUGCCAAGAGUGUCCUCAAGGCACUUUUUUCUCAAGGUCAAAAAAUUUCUCAAAAUUCUGCGCAAAAUGUCAUGAAUGUCGUCACGGUGAAAUGAUAGACCAGCCAUGUAACUCAACUCAUGACACCGUCUGUGGUAAAUGUAAACCGGGAAUGUUCCGAUUGGUGAGCUCGGGUGAAUGUGUCCUAUGUUCGUAUUGUUAUCCGGAUGUGAAUGGAAGUUACUCUGACGUCAUUAUCGUAGACGAAUGCCGUACACGGAACCCUGAUCAAUCCAGGAUAUGUAUGCCCUCUGCCGCCAGGUUCUUGGAAUACAGCAACAAUACAGAUCUUAAUUCAACUGUUAAAAGUGUGUCGGAUGAGGUUGAAAUGAAUUCACUUGUCUCAACUGGGCUUUUCGAAGGUGACUAUUAUGAACUUAUUUCUGUGGUAUGCAUUGUGUUAACACUUUGCGUUUUAAGUCUUUCGUUAAGUGUAUAUAUUCGCAUGAUAUUUGUGAAAAGAAGAUAUUCAUCUUCCAAAUGUGAAAAUAAAUCUCCAACUGCGCAAAGAAACCUAAUGGACGAGUAUUUGGCUGAACAAAGAUCUUCAAAUUCAAACACUAUAGUCAGAUCAAAUAGCGAGCUAAUAGCAGUUACAAAGACCUAUCUAAAACGGCAAGAGACGACUUUGUCAUUAGAAACAGGUAAAAAAAUACUCUACAGGGAAGACGAGUUUUAUUCGCCUAUCAUAUGGAGUGUUGGUAAAGGCCCUUCUUCUAUAACAUCGUACUCCGAUAUGUUUUCAGUUUCCACAACAGAAAAUGUCGCUAACUCUUUAACCUGAAUGCAAGUACGUUAUGUAACUGAUAUUCUAUAUUAUCAAGCAAAACAUCUGAUAUGAUAAUAUCUAGCACUUGGAAAUGCGUUGGUUUUUAAAGAAAAUGGAUCCAUUCAAAUAAUUUACUUAUGAAGACCCUGAUAUUAGAUAAAAGUUGACCGUAUGAUGAUUAAGUGUUUCAGAUAAAGAAAGGAGGGCUUUCAAAAAUCACAAAAAUACUUUUAGAAAGAAAUUUUCACAUAAGCAGUGCUAAUUGGUGAGGAAUUAUCACACUCUGAGAUACAGUUGCCUCUCCGCCAGUCGGUUUGAUGAUUUUGAUAAAAAAAAAUUCAGCAAAUAUUUGUUGUUUCAUCAUUACCGUGAAUAAAGGUAUCGUUUCAAAUGAAAAUCUUAUGUGAAACAAUCAUCCCACAAAUCUUUUUUGUGAAAAGUUUGAUAUGGCAGUAAAUUUCAUAACAUACUAUGAUUUUAGAUGCAAUGUCAAGGUCAUUUAACAUGUCUUAUAUCAAAGAAAUUGAUCUACUUUCAAACAACAAUGUUUAUUAAUUAAACAUUGGAGAAAUA